AUGAAUCAAUUACCACAAGAGAUAAUUGGUCAUGUUUUUGAUUUUCUUGAUAGGAAUGAUUUGUAUGCCAUGCUGAAGUGUUAUCCAGGAUUUGUAUCUAAUUGUUGUCAUCAUAUUCGAUUCAAAUUGAUGUAUAAUUUUAUUUCCGAAUUGGAAUAUGAUAAUAGUCAUCAGCCAACAUUCAAGUCUAAACGAAAGAAGCGCACUCGUAUCAGACACAGACAUUUUAGGAGAGGAGAAGAAUAUUGGGAAAAUUCGAAAAAAUUCACACCACGACAAACUUUAAUGAUUUUUUAUCCAAAGAAGAGCCUGAAAGUUCUAUUCGAAACUGUUGGGCCAUAUUUAUUGAGCAAGAUCAAUAAUUGGAAACCAUUUGUGGAGAGAGAUGAAAAAAUGAUUAAGAAGUUUUAUUAUCAUUUUUAUAAUAUCAAGCUUUCAUUAGAAUUAUUCGAAUCUAGAAUUUGUAAUUCAACUAUUUAUUGUAGGACUUCGUUUAGUUCAAAAUCCCUGGAAACUUGCUUGGAUAUUACCAAAAUUUACAAAACAAGAUUACUCAAGUUAAAUACCAUUAUAGCCACUGAGCAUUUGGAGAAUUUAAGGAAUGAAUUCUAUGCAGCAUACACCAAAUUAGUGAAAGAAUAUAAGGUCAAUAAUGAAUUUUUGGAGGUUUGGAAUGAGAAAUUUAAAUUGACCAACAAUAUUCUGAGCUAUUCGAAAUCAGUCCAAAAUUCAAAGAAAGCCAUUUCAUUUAUUAUUACAACUCUGUGGACUACCCAUGAUAAUAUGUUAGAUUUUCUACCCCUCCUUAGAGGUUUGGAUAGAACCAAUAGCUCUAAACGUACAGAUGCUUCGAGAAUCCUUCUUGACAUAUGCGCCUCCAAAACAACCAUUAGUGUUAACUCAGAUCAGCAUCUGAAAAGAAUUCAAAAUCUAUUGGAAUGUUGCUCCUACUUUAAGCACUCAAUUUCUGAAUUCAAAACAUUGUUGGAACGAUUUUUUGAUAAGAUGGUGGUUGUGCCAGAAAUGAAAGAAGAAUUGAACUCUCUUAAAACUCGAGUAUUUAAUAAAUAUGAAUAA